AUGAAAUUGACACCAAUGAUCCUGAUCCAUAAAUUCUUAUUACUAUGGUUCAUAGCAAUUUCAGAGUGUUUAAUCCCCAAAGUGAAACAAUAUGCUACAGAAUAUCACGCAUGCGGAGUCUCCAGAUCUCUGAGUGUUAAACAUAACUACAAUUCGUGUUAUAUUUUAGAGGAUGCACUAAAGCGUUUUGCAUUACGUCUGGAAGAAAUACCACAGAGGAUUAACGCUCUUUCAGCAGAAUCCUGCAAAGUGACUACUGUACAAAUUGAUAUUACUGAAGACUGUAAUGAAGAAAAUGGAAAAUUAUGGCCAUCCGAUUCAAUGAAGGAAUCAUAUAUUUUGAAUGUCUCCAAUGGGACCAUACAUAUUCAAUCAGAGGAAAUAUGGGGAGCAUUACACGCUUGGAAACAGUCCUGCAACUAG